AUGGCGUCCUCUGCGCGUCGCCCCGUCCGCUCGAGUCGCACCCAAGUCCAAACCUACAACGAAGAGAGCAGUUCGGAUGAUCGUCGGAAUGAAGAUACGGAGUCGGAGAUCGAGGAAGCGAGGCGGGCAUCGCUGUCGCUGCGCCCGCGCGACACCCGUCGAACGCGUGUGUCGUAUCGCGAAGAGACCACCGAUGACGAGGACGACCUGCAAGAAGAACCGUCAAGUGAUCACGAAGCAACACGACCAGCCGAUGCUCCUACUCAGUUGACCGACCCGUCUUCACAACAACGGGGCAGUAGCCGUACUCCCCGCCGGUCACGCACCCGAACGGUGAAGACCCGCUCCCAAGCCAAGAAAUCAACGAAACCUUCGCGACGGAGCCGAUCCGGGGUGGGAAAGCCGCGCAAUAAACGGAGGAAGGUGGACGAUGAACCGAUAUUUGUCGGGUCCGGGGUCAUCCCACCGUGGCAGACCCUUCCGUACCAAGUGCUGUUUGACAUUUUCAUCUUCGCUUCUCGUCCACUGGUAGAUGAGAAAACUAUCGUUCGAAUGCCCUCGGUGCAAUGGCUGGUCAAUGUCGCGACGCUGUGUCGUGCGUUCCAUGAGCCAGCGCUUGCAGCGCUGUAUCAUAGCCCGCCCUUGAUCCCGGCGGCGAAGGCACAUGGCCUGCUCAGUGUUCUGUCCCAACCGCAAGAUCACCUGUCGACAAACUAUGUCAACAAGGUCCGCGAGUUGCACGUGGACGUGGAGACGCUCUUGCUUUACAAAAGCGGUCCGACCCUUGGAUACUUCGAGCUGUCUAGACUGAUCGAAUGUACCCCUCAGGUCAAAACACUGCGUUUAUACCACAAUGAUGAUUACGUUGUCGGUCUCCCUCCAUGGCAAAUCCAACGAUCCAAGUGGACCUAUCCAGACAGUCUCUUUUCCGCGAUCGCCGCGCGCUCAAUUCGACUGCGCAGCUGGGAUUGGAACAGCCGGUUCAUGGAAACCACGCGGUUACUCCCUAUCAUCCUAGGAAAACACCUCGAACCGGCCUUCCGGGGUUUGCGGGAGCUCCGAUUGUUACAUGUGGCGUCGGAGUAUUCCGAUGGCGAUGAUGUGGAAUCCUUGUCCAAUGAAAGGGAGAUCGUUCUUGCAACCGCGCUAAAAGAACUUUCCGAGCUACAAACCCUACAGUUUAUCGAAUGUUCGAUCGUCAACGAACAUCUGCUGCUAAACCUACCGCUAUCGCUUAGAUCUCUGACCAUCAACAACUGCGACGAUGUAACCACGGCAAAUUUCAGCGCCUUUCUCUCCUCCCAUGGCCAAUCCCUCCGCGAGUUGAUACUGUGCCACAACCGUCACUUGAGCCUAUCGUUUAUUGUAGGCUUGGCUCAGGCGUGCGGACAGCUCGAAAUAUUCAAGAUGGACAUCUCGAUGUAUGAUUGGUCGAGUUAUCAUGAUGUCGAACCGCACUUCGCACAACUUCUCGGCCCCACCGAGGUUCCGACUUGGCCAUCGACCUUGAAAGAAGUCGAGCUGAUCCAGCUGCGCAAGUGGGAUGACGCCACAGCGGAAGUGUUCUUUACGUCGCUCAUUAACAGCGCGUCCGAUCUGAGGUGUCUCCGGCGCUUAGUGAUCAGCGCAAUUCUGAAGAUCGGCUGGCGCGAUCGGGCAUCGUUCCGCGAAAAGUGGAUUGGAAGAUUGGAGAAGGUUUUCCUGCGGCACAGCCCGCCUCCCGAUCCGACCCUUCGUACCAUCCCGCGCCCCCCGUCACACCCGGACCGGACCACUCCACCCGCCAACGGUGCCCCGGUUGAUGAUGGGCUGACACAGUCGGAUGCGCAACAUAGCGGGCCCUCGACGCCAUCUAAACGCAAGAGCGCUCGACUUGCCCAACGCAAAUUCUCCGAGGCCGAGGAAAGUGAAUUUAGCCCCGUGCGUCAGACCGGGAACCACGGGGAUGAUGACUCGGCGUCCCUCACCGUGCAGGGCAUGUGUGAGGUAGUCAUGGUGCGUAUCGAUAACCAGCGACCCACUGAAACGCAGUUCAACGAACAGGAUUUCCUAGAUGAGGAAUUGAGCGGCGACGAGGACUGGAAUGGCGAUGACUUGGACAUGUCGGCUGGCGGACAUGCCUGUCUGAUGGAAGUCGCCCAUUUUGAGUGGUUUCGUGUAUAG